CGACAAUCAAGGAUCCGAAGUUUUUCGGAUUAAAAUUCACUAACUUACUCUCUCUCACGUUCCUGGUCACCUUGUCUGAUGCUCCGUAGAACAAGCAGUCAUUAUGAGGAUUAGACCAAAGCACCUUAUUGUGGCUGCAUGCAUCACCUUACUAUUUCUGCCCUUCAUCUGUGCUCCUGCUUCGAGCGCCGCGGCGGCAAAACCGAAAUACAAUGCGAAAGCGCACCUAACCAAAGUCCGAGCUGCGCUCAGGCGAGGGGGCUUUACGAAGUUCGACAAAUACAUCAAUUCAACUGGAUUCCUACCCAUUUUGCUGGACGUUAUGAAGGAGUACAAGCUGACAAUCCUGGCGCCGACAAACACUGCCUUCGCCACCGUUUCGGCGAGGAAGGACAUGAAGAAUCCCAAGCACGCGAUUCAGAUAAUUGGCUAUCAUUUCCUCGUCGACAAGCACAGCUUCGCUCAGCUGAUCAAAUACAAAACCGGGACCCAGUUUUCUACACUGAACUAUCGGCAGAAGAUUCAGAAGGUUCAAGCUAAACGGGGGCAGGUCCGUUUGGGCCCCAAGUCAGGUGCUAAGUACGUUGGAAAAAUCGUCAGGAAAGACCUCUACAUUUCGACCCUUGAUGCUGUUCAUGGAGUAGAUACAGUAAUUAGACCCCCCUAUUUGAAAUAGGGAUGCAGCAGAGUGUAAUGGUAUGCAUGUCAUGUAGUAGUUGCUCUUUUGGGGAUGAGGUGGUCUAAACGUAGUGGUCUAAUCCAUUUGCAUGCCAUUUGACAAGGCAGGUUUGAAUAGUGAGCGGACAAGCUAACUUAUGGAGGUUUUCUAGCCUCAAGAGAAUG